AGAGGGAGAGAGAGGGGGAGAGAGAGGUGCAGUUGAGAGAGACAGCCUCUUAGAGCUGUGAGGCAGAAGUGAUGGAUUCAGCCCACAGAAAAGUGACAGUCUUCUCCUAACGGGCCACAGGCAGUGCACAACCUGCCCUGGACUCUCACUGUUUAUCAGGAAGCUACCUCCACCAUCCUACUAAAGUUGUCUCUUGAAAUUGUCUCAACUUUUUCCAAGGGGAUUUUUUUGGAACAAUCUACUCAAUGUUUGUCGAAGAGUUUCUGGAAAGUUGAGCUUCUGUUGGGUUAAUGACAGUCUUUUAAUAAUAGGUUUUGAAACACCACUACCUCUCUACUACUGGAAUGGACUAAGGUGACAAAAAGCGAGUAACUAGACGAGCAGAGCACAGAAAGGGGAAGAGGAGGACGCAGCUUUCACACUUGGGAUGACUUUCUACCAAGAGAAACUUCAAACAACUCUGGCAGGAGGGCAAGGCAACUGAGGGAGCCUCAUCAGUACUGUGCAGUAAUCUCACUUUGGGUGAGUUGGACACUAACUCAUGGAGCCCCCUUCAGUGGUCCUGCUGGGCCUCCUUCUGGUUUAUGGACUAGUCUGCGGUGCCCAGCAGACACAGAGAAGUCCGUCAGACAGCAGCUAUGGAAGGGAAAGAAUCCAAGAAUUUGAGAGCAGUGAGGAUGGUCUAGAGAGAGAAUUUCUCUAUGCUGGAAGGAGCAAACGUGCUCCAGCUGACCCACCACAGGACAAGUGCUCCUACACUUUCAUUGUACCUCAACAAAAAGUGACCGGAGCCAUCUGUGUCAACUCCAAGGAGCCGGAGGCAAUGCUGGAGAACCGGGUCAAUAAACAAGAGUUAGAGUUGCUAAAUGUGGAGCUACAGAAACAGAAGAGACAGAUCGAGACCUUGCAGCAGUUGGUGGAGGUGGACGGAGGAAUUGUCAAUGAGGUCAAGCUUCUGAGGAAGGAGAGUCGAAACAUGAACUCCAGAGUCACUCAGCUGUACAUGCAGCUGCUCCAUGAGAUCAUCAGGAAGAGAGACAAUGCCCUAGAACUGGCACAAAUGGAGAACAAGAUCCUGAACCAAACUUCUGAGAUGCAACAGUUAACCAGUCGAUACAAAGAUCUCGAGCACAAGUACCAGCACUUGGCGUCUUUAGCCACGAACCAAUCAGCUCUUAUUGCCCUGUUGGAGGAGCAGUGCCAGAGCAGACCUCCUCCCCGUCAUGUCCCUGUUCCCCAGCCACGGCCUCAGCCACCUCCACAAUCGCCUCCUCUCAGCAAGCCGUACCAGCCACCGGUACUUCCACGUAUCAACAACCCAAUCAGCAAUGAGAUCCAGAGUGACCAAAAGUCCCUCCCACCUCUUCUUCCAACAAUGCCCACUGGUACACACAGUCCAUCCACCACUGACAAGCCCUCUGGUCCAUUUAGGGAUUGCCUGCAGGCUCUGGAAGAUGGCCACACUGCCAGUGGCAUGUAUCUGGUGAAGCCAGAAAAUGCCAACCGACUAAUGCAGGUGUGGUGUGACCAGAGACACGACCCAGGUGGCUGGACCGUGAUCCAGAGGAGGGUGGACGGCUCUGUCAACUUUUUCAGGAACUGGGAGACAUACAAGCAAGGUUUUGGCAAUAUCGAUGGCGAGUACUGGCUGGGUCUGGAGAACAUAUACUGGCUGACUAACCAGGGAAACUACAAACUGCUGGUCACGCUGGAGGACUGGUCUGGCAGAAAGGUGUUUGCAGAGUAUGCCAGCUUCAGAGUGGAGCCUGAAGCCGACUUCUACAAGCUCAGGGUGGGCCGUUACCAUGGCAACGCUGGAGAUUCGCUCACCUGGCAUAACGGCAAACAGUUCACAACACUGGACAGGGAUCACGAUGCAUAUACAGGUAAUUGUGCCCACUACCAGAAGGGAGGCUGGUGGUACAACUCUUGUGCCCACUCAAAUCUGAAUGGAGUAUGGUAUAGAGGAGGACACUACCGCAGCCGCUAUCAAGAUGGAGUCUACUGGGCCGAGUUCAGAGGAGGAGCCUAUUCACUAAAGAAAGUAGUCAUGAUGAUCCGUCCAAACCCAAACACCUUCCACUAAAGAAACACAUACUGUACUGUAUCUCUCACUAAACUGACAUUUUUACAGGCCUGAUAUUUUUUUUUGUUUGCUUAAUGGAGUGGCACCAGACCAAGUCAGAUGACAAAGAGAAAGAUGAUGCUGAAAGUGCAAUAUCAAAACAUCAGGACAAUACUGGUCCCUCUAAGAAUCCAACAAAUGUGUGCACUGUUAUUCAGUCGCCUGCACACUUUUCCCUUUUACACGAGACAUAUGAAGACAUGAUCAUUGCUCAGGAGUUACUUUAAAUACACUUUGGCAAACAAGACCCUUAGGUAACAGUGCUCUCAUUUGAUCUGAGUGAAUAAAUAAGUAGCUUUGGGAUAGGAAUCAUACAAUAUAUAUCUAGUAUGUAACAAGCAAAUGAGGUUGACACAGGAAAUGUAUCCAGUGACUAUCUUUUAAUUUCAUUCUAAAUACAUUUUUCAAAUGUGUAAUUUCUAGGAACCGUAACAUUUAUUGACUUGUAAUACAGCCUUGAUAGUCUGGCCAGUUUUUUUUGUCAAUUGCAGCAAAAUGUGCUAUACAAAAUAGUGCCAAUGUCUUUUCUAACAUUAAAACCAAAACUGUUAAUACAAAACCCUGUCUGUUUAUGCAAAUUUUUAUUAAAAAAGAAUCAACUUAUUAUUAAAAAUUGAGGAGGUACGUUCUCUUUAAUGUCCUGCUUUUAUUUUUAUUUUUUCAUACUUGUUCUGAAAUCUUGAAAUGCUUAAACAGGUAUCCACCAAUUUGCUUGUAUGAAUCAAGCACUGUAUUUACUGUAUAAAUUUAGCGGUUUGUUGAUGUCAAUAAAUCCAACACAUUGCGUUUGUACAUAAGAUAUUUGUAAUAUAAUGUAUUAAAACUUGUUACGUCACUAUUACGUUGCAAUAAAAUAUGUACAGCUUG